UUGGGGAGACGCCGUAGCUGAGGGGGAGAAAAAAAAGACGAAAGAGGCGGAAAAUAAAGUGGUGUGCGCGGGGCCCAAGUGAUCACGAGUAGUAGAUACCUCUGAGUCCGAACCCAUCCUGCCCACUUCAGGGGUUCGUCUCCGGUCAGUAAAAGGGAGAAGCCUCGCCGGUGUUUUACAGCCAGGGAGGAGCGGCCCCGCCAGGCAAAGAUCUGCACCGACCGGACAGACCAUCCCUCCGACAGCGCAGCGGCUGGGGAUCGAAGCGGGUCACCCGCCGGCCGGUAUCGUCCGUCAAGAGGCCGCUGAAAACCAAGCCUGUGUAGGAAGGGGCUCCAUGAAUGGAAAUCGGAACCCCAGGAGCUGUUGGGGCUCAGCCCCUUUUCACGGUGCCAAGGCGUCCAGGAUGUGGCACCAUGGGAAAGCCGAUUAAACUGCUGGCCAACUGCUUCCAAGUAGAUAUCCCAAAGAUUGACGUCUACCUCUAUGAGGUAGAUAUUAAACCAGAUAAAUGUCCUCGCAGGGUAAACAGGGAAGUAGUCGACUCUAUGGUCCAGCAUUUUAAAGUUCAGAUUUUCGGAGAAAGAAGACCUGUCUAUGAUGGGAAAAGGAGUCUCUACACUGCAGAUCCCAUUCCCGUCAGCACCACUGGAGUGGAUUUGGAGGUGACGUUACCAGGAGAAGGGAAGGACCGAAUUUUCAGGGUGUCGAUUAAAUUUGUUUCAAGAGUGAGCUGGCAUUUGCUGCAUGAAGUUCUGACAGGCCGCAGCAUGCCAGAGCUGCUGCCUGGGUUAGACCUGGACAAACCACUCAGCACAAAUCCUGUACAUGCUGUCGAUGUUGUCCUCCGACACCUCCCUUCCAUGAAGUACACCCCUGUUGGCCGCUCUUUCUUCUCUGCACCUGAAGGUUAUGACCAUCCAUUGGGUGGAGGUAGAGAAGUCUGGUUUGGUUUCCAUCAAUCUGUCAGACCAGCCAUGUGGAAAAUGAUGCUGAACAUAGAUGUUUCUGCCACUGCUUUUUAUAAAGCACAGCCUGUAAUUCAGUUCAUGUGUGAAGUUCUAGACAUUCAUAAUAUUGAUGAACAGCCACGACCUUUGACAGAUUCCCACCGAGUCAAAUUCACCAAAGAGAUAAAAGACAAACUUCUCACAGGAUUGAAGGUCGAAGUAACUCAUUGUGGACCUAUGAGGAGAAAGUACCGUGUGUGUAAUGUUACCAGGAGACCAGCUAGCCAUCAGACGUUCCCCUUGCAACUGGAAAGUGGACAGACUGUAGAGUGCACAGUAGCACAAUAUUUCAAGCAGAAGUACAACCUUCAGCUAAAGUACCCACAUCUGCCCUGUCUACAGGUGGGACAGGAACAGAAGCACACCUACCUACCACUUGAGGUGUGUAACAUUGUUGCGGGACAGCGCUGUAUCAAAAAACUGACAGACAAUCAAACAUCAACCAUGAUUAAAGCAACAGCACGGUCAGCACCUGACAGACAAGAGGAGAUUAGUAAACUUGUAAAAAGUGCAAACUACGACGAUGAUCCUUUUGUCCAGGAAUUUCAGUUUAAAGUGAGAGAUGAGAUGGCUCAUGUCACUGGGCGAGUACUUCCAGCUCCCAUGCUGCAGUAUGGGGGAAGGGUGGAACCAAGUCAUUUCAGAUUACAAACUAAUCGAACGGUUGCUACUCCAAGUCAUGGUGUUUGGGACAUGAGGGGGAAACAGUUCCAUACUGGGGUUGAAAUCAAAAUGUGGGCAAUAGCAUGUUUUGCAGCACAGAGACAAUGUAGAGAAGAAGUACUUAAGAGUUUUACUGACCAGCUACGGAAAAUAUCAAAGGAUGCGGGGAUGCCUAUUCAGGGCCAGCCAUGUUUCUGCAAAUAUGCGCAAGGAGCUGACAGUGUAGAGCCAAUGUUCCGGCAUCUGAAGAACACCUAUUCAGGACUCCAGCUUGUUAUUGUUAUUCUACCGGGGAAAACACCUGUCUAUGCCGAGGUGAAGCGUGUGGGAGAUACUCUCCUAGGAAUGGCUACUCAGUGUGUUCAAGUGAAGAACGUUGUCAAAACGUCUCCACAGACAUUAUCGAACCUCUGCCUGAAGAUUAAUGUGAAACUAGGUGGUAUUAACAACAUUCUCGUGCCACAUCAGCGACCAUCCGUAUUCCAACAGCCUGUGAUCUUUCUGGGGGCUGAUGUCACACACCCACCAGCUGGAGAUGGCAAGAAACCUUCUAUUGCUGCUGUUGUGGGCAGUAUGGAUGCCCAUCCUAGUCGUUACUGUGCCACUGUGCGCGUUCAGAGACCUCGACAGGAGAUCAUUCAAGACCUAGCUUCAAUGGUUCGAGAACUUCUCAUUCAGUUUUACAAAUCAACUCGCUUCAAGCCCACUCGAAUUAUAUUCUACCGUGACGGUGUUUCUGAGGGCCAAUUCCGUCAGGUAUUGUAUUGUGAGCUAUUGGCAAUUCGAGAAGCCUGCAUCAGCUUGGAAAAGGACUAUCAGCCUGGCAUCACAUACAUUGUCGUGCAGAAACGUCAUCACACUCGAUUGUUCUGUGCUGAUAAGAAUGAAAGGGUUGGAAGAAGUGGAAAUAUUCCAGCAGGCACAACUGUAGACACAGAUAUCACCCACCCAUAUGAAUUUGAUUUUUAUCUCUGCAGCCAUGCUGGGAUACAGGGUACAAGUCGUCCCUCACAUUACCAUGUUUUGUGGGAUGACAACUGCUUCUCUGCAGAUGAACUUCAGCUCCUCACCUAUCAGCUAUGUCACACAUACGUGCGCUGCACACGCUCUGUCUCUAUCCCAGCACCAGCCUAUUAUGCACAUCUAGUGGCAUUUAGAGCAAGAUACCACUUGGUGGAUAAAGAGCAUGACAGCGCUGAAGGCAGUCACAUUUCCGGACAGAGUAACGGACGUGACCCACAGGCUCUUGCCAAGGCUGUGCAGAUCCACCAGGAUACCUUACGCACAAUGUACUUCGCUUGAGUUUGGGAACUUCUCUCCAGAAAGAACCGAAGAUUUCAGCCUACAUUUCCAGUGGGGUCAGUUUACGGGAGAUGUCUCCAGCCAUACUGUAACUUUCACUGUGCGGAGACAAUAGUUUCAAUAAACUGGCGGAAAGGGAUUGUUUACCUACGAAGAUCAUAGCACUAUUAUGCAAUACGAAACCAGCCAACUGCUCUGUGUGUGUGUGCGUGUGUGCACAUGUGUGCGCGCGCGCGCGUGUGUGUGUGUGUGUUCCGUCAGACCUCAUGUCUGUGUCUUUCCUUUUUCCUUUUUCAGUAUAGUUUCCUUUUUGCCUUUACCUCAGUGUUUGGCAGCACAAAACUCAUCUUUAUCAAGCAACACAAAAAUGGAACAAAAAAAAUGUUCCACAAACCUUGGAUCUCAAAAGUAGUCACUGAUUAGGUCAGAAAUCCAGCCAUUCACUUUAGUCCUCAAAUUUGGGAGGGUGGGAUGGUUGCUGUAGGUGGAAAAAGACAUGUUUGAAAAUAUAUUCUACCAGUUCUUCUUGAGAUUCAAGAAGUCCCACCUCCUCAAUGCCACUGUUCAAAUUCCAUUUAUUGGUUAAGUUAUCGAUUAAAUCAACUGAUUGUUGAGUAUAGCAAGUAGUUGUGGCUCAGCUUCAUAACCAGAGCAGUGGAAUUUUACAUAUAGAAGAUAAAAUCCAGGACUUGGAUGAGCUUAAGCAAUGAUGGUGAGAGAGAAACUUUUGAAAAUUCCAAGAUUUGGGGGCUCUGUUUAAUGUAGAAACUUUUGCUGUUUCUUUUAUUGUUUACUUGCUAGCUCACAACUAAAUGUGAUUUUUUUUGUUUUAGCAUCUUUAUAUUUAUUAGAAAAAAUGCUUAAUUUAAUAUGAAUUUACAUUAAAAUAUAGUAGCAUCAAUUUUAUUUAGUUCUGGAAUGUAACCGUGUUGUAUACUGACAGAACAUUGCUACCGUUAGUGCAAUAAGCGGUUGGUUAGAAAGCCCGUGUCCUACGCUGUAACGGAGCAGCAGUUGUACCACUAUAACCGUGGGAGAGUGGACACCUCCGCACUUCAGAACCUUAUCAGUUUUAAUAAGAAAAAAGGUUGAAUGCAAAAAAAAAGUAGGGCUGGGACGUUUUAAUGUUAGUUUAUUGGGACAUUACCUUAUUUAAUUUACACAUCUAAUCACUGAAAUGUGAAUUUUUUUCAAAUAUUUUUCUGUUUUAUUUCAGUCAUUCCAUUUUAAGAUAAUAUACCAAGUUUUUUAUUUGGAAUUUUUUCAUAAAAGUUUGACUUGUUUCAUUGAUACAAAUCUCAUGACGUUGUUUGCACUUUGUAAAACCUCAUGAACUGCAUGUUUUAUCCAAUGGUUGUCAUUGCACUGGCUCGAACCGCAAUAUACAAAAUGCUGCAGCCUUCUUGAUGGAUGGGCAUUGCUUGUGUCCCAGCCCUACAAAACAGCCUCUCCUCUACAUGAAAGAAAUUGUACUUCUACAGAAUUAAAAAGUAACUAGAACUUUAUGGAAACCAAGAAGAAACUGCAGAAUUUUCCUCCCCUUUCAUAAAAAGCAGGCUUAUUGUCAUUUGAUUAUAAUACAAACUCAAAUAUUUUUGAUUUAUUACACCCUUGCCUCAAACAUAAGGGCUAAUAUUCUAUGAACUCUGGCAUGCAAACUUUCAGUAAAUAUUCCAGCUUAAAAAGGAAUGUAGUGCCUGUUUUGUCAAAACUGAUUCUUUAGGCACAAUUGCCGUGAUAAAAUAUGAAAAACCUAUCAGAAUUAUCUCUGUUCCUUUAGCCCCCCCCCCCCCCCCCCCUCCAUGGUGAUGAAGUAGAAUCAGAUUAAGUCAAAUUAUGUUGAUAAAGUCUUAAGUUUUAUUCAUUUAGGAAGAUGAAUAUUUUCUUUGUAAAUCAGACUCCCAUUCUCAACUUUACAGAAGUUUUCCAUAGUACACAGGACAUCAUCUAUAUAAGAAAAGCAAAGUUUUGAUCGGCUUUUGUUAGUGAAUUAGACAGUGCUUUGCUUGAGAAAUUUUAAGUAGAUCUACUUUUUGAAAUAAAGUUUUUUAAAAAGUCAAUGGAGUUGAUUUCACCACCAAUCUCACUGAGAUAGGACUGACACAAUGCAAAAUCAAAGAAAUCUGUUUUUCCUUCAUAUUUUCUUAUGCAGAUCUCUUACUGCUCUUGAUGUACAUAAUUGCCUGAAAGAGUUUUUAAAAUAUCAAAAUACCACCUCGGAUGUUACUUUUUAUUUAAUCUAAAUACUGUUGGUUCUUUUUAUUAAGCUCCACAAAGCUGGUAAAGAAAUGUUGCCCAGAGAACUCCGUUUCGCAAAUUAGUAACCAUCUCUUACUAGAUUCCCCAUCAUAUAAAGGGGUAUCUGAUUUUAGUCAGGGGGGUACCCAUUUGAAGGGAAUCUUUACUUUGGAAACAUCUUCUGCAGAGUCCACCUUUGUGGACGUAUUUUUUUUCUUUGGAAUCUAUUCAUUGAUUAUAUUUGUAUUUUGAAAAAUAUUAUUUUUUGAGUUAAUGUUUUGGACCAAAAGUGAAUCAUGGCUAUGACUAUUAAAACGAUUCUUGCCAGAUGGAGAGAUCCUGUCAAUAUGCUGCUAUAGAUUUUGCAUCACUUUCAAAUCUUUCACUUACCAGCUGAAAAACCACAAUGGCCAUCAGAUAAUUCAAAGUCUGUAGCAGAAAUAGGAGCAGUAGUGGUGUCAUAUUGUAACUUCCCAGCUUAUAAAGUAUUGGUAUCUUUGAUUGUGUCAUCCCUGAAAAAAUUGUUUAGGUGGACAAACAAUCACGUGCUGGAAUAUCAAGAGAAGAUCCCAAAAGAAGCAGUCCAAUCCAGGCUUGUUUGAGAACCAUGUAUUAACCUUUCCAAGGAUUGAGUGACUAGUUAGAUGACUAACUAAAUUCAUCACAAUCGCAGGGAAAAUGAAGUUUUGUAUGAUGAGUAUAUUUGCAAAUUAUGUACAGUUAUCCCAAUAGAAUGAAUGUAUACUAUGUCUAAUUUCCCUUGAAAUAGAUCAACAAUCACAAGAGCUAGUUCCACAAUGUGAAGAUUCAGUUAGAAAUAGACUUCUGGAUGAACAAAUAAUUUACCAAGUUAUAUCAAAGCACUCCAAACUAACUGGCACCUCACUGUUUAAAUCUGUCUAGUAUAAGAAACUACUACAAUCCUUCUCCCAUUUGUCAUUCUGAUCAAACGGUUUUUAAAAAUUCUUCUGAUCUUCACUUUUGCAACUUUAUCUUCAAGUGAUCUGAUCACAAAGAAUAUUUUGCUUUCCAAAGCCUAUCAAUGUAUUAUUUGUUUCAAUCUAAACUACUUAACUAUUAAGAAACAGUGCUCAUACCCCAACUUAUCUGAAUUCAUGAUCAUUACAAACUGUUCUUUCUCUCACACCACAAAAUGCGUAAUUGUAUGUCACAUUCAAUAAUGUUUGGAAAAAUCCUUCAGGACAACUCCCCCACCAGUCAGCUCAGCAAUACUAACAUUUAGCAACGUUUACUAGGGCUAAUCAUCUAUAUGCACUGUAUGCAUGCAACAUAUUUCACAUUAACUCACCAGCUCCCUAUGAGCUAUAUUUGAAGAGGAGGAGACUUCUGCAGUCAAGCCACACCAGGACUUUAAUACUUGGUGCCUUUGUCAUGUUCCAUUUGGUCUCUGUGGAUCUAGUUUAAUUGAGCCGAUGCCGAAUCUGAAUCACAAUUCAAAUCACCACUGUUUACUUUAGACGAUGUACAAUAAUGGUGUACAUGGAAUGCUGCUCUUGCAACUUUACAAACUGAUAGCAUUUAAAACAGAAUGCUUCCUUGUACUGCAUAUUUAAUCAGUCCACAUUUCCCUAAUGUCAAUCUGUAAAUUAGAGGUUUUUUGUGAGGAGGGGCAUGUGUCCCUGUACCAUACCCAUCAGCUAAGUUUGUGAAUGCCUGCAUAAAGUGCCAAUAGCAUUUACAGACUAAUGUCAUUAUAUACCAGUGUUGGGAGGGCAGUGAGACCGAUAGCUGCUAUUUGUUAAUCAGUGUCAGACAAUAACUGCACUAGGAAUUGAAGAGAUUCUCACAGUUCCUAUUUACAAGAGUGAAGGAAAGAAUGUAGUGAUUGACCAGUAUAAAAAUUAAAUCAGGCCAGCUUUUACCAAGCCCCUUUUUCUGAUUUUUUUUUUUCAGAACAUUACCUACUGAUUUAAAUUUUAGUACUGGUUUAUUGUUAACCUAUACUGGGAGACACCACAAAACAAAAGAAUUAGUGCAAGUGAAAACCUGACUGCCUGCCUGUAUCAAUACCACCACA